UAGCGUAAGUGGAAUUGGGGUCAGGUCACUGCACCGCCUGUCCCUGGGUAUUCCGAGAAGGAGUAGCUGCCUGGAAGAAAACUUCUGCAGAGCUUUCAGACGGAGAAUUUAGUUGGAUAGCAGCCUCUUCUCAACAUGUAUAAACUUGUUUCUUGCCUAAGAAGCUACAGUGCAGUAUUAACAGGGAAGUCCUGCUUUCGUCCCGGUUUGUCCAAAUUCCACUUGGCAAGUGGUGCAUUAUGUCAGAAAUCAGCCUUCAAAUACCCUCCCACAGACCUCCCAGAGAUGCCGCCAUGCAAUUUCCAACCUGAAGAAUACAAGGGUAUGUCCAAGGAGCGGAUGAUGGAAAUCCGCAAACUAAAUUGCAACCCCAUGACGAUGAAGGUGACUAGCUAUAAGAAGCCAGUCUUCGUCCACCAGGGAUUCAUGCAGUGGCUGUGGGAUGUGGACGGGAGGCGAUAUUUGGAUCUGUUUGCUGGUGUGGCUACUGUCAGUGUAGGCCACUGCCACCCGAAAGUAACAGCAGCAGCAGAGCAUCAGUUGAGACGACUGUGGCAUACGACAAACAUCUACGUCUAUCCUACUCUCCAUGAGUACUGUGAGAAACUAGCCUCCCACUUACCGGAUCCUCUUAAGGUUGUGUAUCUAACCAAUAGCGGCUCAGCCAAUGACCUGGCGAUGUUGAUGGCUCGGCUGCACACUGGCAACUUUGACAUCAUCACUUUGAGAGGAUCCUACCAUGGUGGGAGCCCACAGACCAUGGGUCUAACUUCCAACGCGGCAUACAAAUACCCCAUAGCCAACGGUUUGGGCUGCACUAAUACCAUGUGUCCUGAUGUGUUCAGAGGGCCGUGGGGAGGAAGCCACUGCAGGGACUCUCCUGUGCAGACUAUCAGAGACUGUAGCUGUGCAAAAGGUCAGUGCAUGGCACACGACCAAUACAUUGGACAGCUCAAAGAGACGUUUGUCACGAGUGUCCCCAGUCGAAUUGCUGCUUUCUUCGGGGAACCUAUUCAGGGAGUUGGAGGAGCUGUGCAAUAUCCUAAAAACUACCUCAAGGAGACUUACAAACUUGUAAGAGAGAGAGGAGGGGUCUGCAUCGCUGAUGAGGUCCAAACUGGAUUCGGACGAACGGGAACUCACUUCUGGGGUUUCCAGGGUCAUGAUGUCAUCCCUGAUAUGGUUACUAUGGCAAAGGGCAUAGGUAACGGAUUCCCAAUGGGAGCUGUUGUUACAACUCCAGAAAUUGCUGCCUCUUUCACUAAGGGGGUUCACUUCAACACCUUCGGAGGGAAUCCUGUGGCUUGUGCCAUUGCGUCAUCAGUGCUUGAUACUAUCAAAGAGGACGGCGCGCAGCAGAUCAGUCUCAAUGUGGGAACCUAUCUGAUGACACAAAUGGCCGAACUCAGAGACAAGUAUGAGAUUAUCGGUGACGUCCGUGGAAAAGGCCUCCAGAUCGGAGUGGAAAUGGUCAAAGACAAGGCCAGCAGGGACCCUCUAGCCCCUGAGGCGAUAGCUGAAAUCUUCGAGGACAUCAGGGACAUGGGAGUUCUGAUAGGGAAAGGAGGCGUCUAUGGACAGACCUUCCGCAUCAAACCCCCCAUGUGCAUCACGAUGGAAGACGCAGAUUACUUCCUGGCAGUUUUUAACAAGGCCAUCCACAACUACAUGGAGAAAAGAUAAAAGGUCAGCUGGAUAGCUGGAUGUUGUGUUGAUCUUUGAACAUGUGAACAACGUCAGUAUUAAUGACCUUCUGAGGAAGACUACCUCUGUUAUUGUUCCUGCAAGAAUUGUAUAAUGGUACAUAUCGUGUAAUUAGAAUAUUUUUAAAACAUACCUCACUAUUAAAUGAUGAAGGAAUCUUGUACUGUGCCUUACUUACAAUGGACUUGAAAUGUAUGUUAUUUGGGGAUUUACUGAAUCAUGCUUGGAUAUAACUUUCAAUGAUUGUUUU